AUGUUUAAUCCUAGUUCAUCUAUAACUUUUAGACCAAAUAUCUUCACUACUGCUACCACGUCAUCGUCAUCCACUUCAGCAUCUUCUACUACUCAAGUACCUAAUUCAGCCUCAUCCUCAAUAUCAAACGGUACAAGCAAUUCCGUAUUCUCAGAUAUAACAGACUCCACAACCAUGUCAACAAAUAGUAAUCAUCAGCAGCAACAACAACAUAUACCUCCACAACAAACAACAUUUGGCAAUUUCUCAUCCAUAAAUUCUCCUUCAAGUAAUGAAAGUCCCGAUUUGCAACUGCAUCAUCACCAACAACAACAUCUUCACAGUUCACAACCACUAGUAACCGGAACAGGUGCAUCGAGUAAUCCACCAAGUAAUCCAAGAAUAUCUUCUAAAUUCACUCAUCAUGAUAUACAAAUAUUAAGACAACUAUUACUAGCGGGUGAAAAACAUAAAUGGAAACAAAUAACUAAAGAAAUCAAUAAUUCAUCUCAUCAUUCUGAACAUGUUGCAGCAGCAAUGAAUUCUCAUAGAAUUUCUGGUAUUAGUGGUGGUACAAGUAUUCCUGCAAAAAAUGUCCUGCCUACAUUUGUUGUAAAACAAGCUAAUCAAUUACUUGGUUUCCCAGCCGAUUUUGGUAUACUUCAAUCUUCAAUGCCUUAUGUUGUACAUGGUUGGGAUGCAAUAGAACAAAUUGAUUAUCAAUUUCAAAAUGAUUCAACAUGA